AUGGAAUGCAGUGGAUCAGAUUCCAACCAGAUGCUGGCAGGAAUUGCAUUUGUUUGGCCAGUAUUGAUGGUAGCUUCAAGCGCAUUCCAAGCCGCUGCAUCUGUUAUUAAGGAGUUCGUUUUCAUCGAUGCUGCUAGCCGACUCAAGGUGCAUACCUUCUACAGAGCUUUUGGGAAGGUGCUUGAUAUCUUUGUUGUCAAUUCUUUUGGAUCUGGAUUCCAGCGUCAAGUGGAAGACAAAAAUACUUUUGUCGUAAAAUCUAGUUCUCUCGUUGAAGUUUCAUUUGCAGUUGUGCAGAGCUCAUACCCUUUGGUUUUACUGAUAGAGAGAAGAAAUGUUCACAAGAUUGCAGGCAUACCGUUUUCCGAGCUCCCUUCAUUUCUUAAGAGCGGUGCUGGUUGUUUCUUCAACAUAGGGAACAUUGUUUCAGGUGCAAUCUCUAUUCUCUUGAACUUGUGUGUAGCUUGCAUAAAAGGUCAAUGUGUAUCGUUUCAGCAUUUUGCCUUUAUCGAUGUAUCUUCUCUCCAUGCCACUGCCAUAUCUCCCGGAAGGUUAAGUUUGAGCCCUUUUUUCCUUCUUGGCAGUGCUGGCCUUCUCGUUGGUCUUAUCCUAUAUAACAUUCCACGAACUCAGAAGCGGGACACAGAAUUGUGA